AUGUCGCAAAGGUGCAAGAAAGGCGACCCACUCGUGGUGGAUGUGCACUCCCAUCUGUAUCCAACUUUUUACCUCGACUUACUCAAAUCUCGAACAGAGAUCCCCUACGUCAAGGACAACAAGUUGGUGAAUCGGGCAUCCGCGGCUGGUGCUGGGAAGCCUAUCCUCCCGAUCUUGCAUGACGUCAGGACUAAGAUCGCGUUUAUGGAUGCACACGGCAUUGAUGUCUCCGUAUUGUCGAUUGGCAAUCCAUGGCUUGACUUCUUGAAGGACGAUACAGCCGCGGACGUGGCCAAGGAUGUUAACGACCAGUUCAACCAGCUAUGUGCGAAGAGCCAGGGGCGAUUGUUCUUUUUCGCUACGUUGCCCCUUGGUGCUAAUCGGGAUGUCAUCAUUGCCGAAGUGCAUCGACUGAACGAGCUUGACUAUUGUCGUGGUAUUGUGAUGGGUUGUAGUGGGAUAGGAAACGGACUCGACGAUCCUGUCCUCAUUCCCGUGUACCGCGCACUGGCAGAUGCAAAGUAUCCGGUUUUCUUGCACCCGAAUUAUGGCCUCCCUGAAUCGGUAUGGGGCCCUAGAGCCAAGGAGUAUGGCCAGAUCCUGCCGGUAAGCAUGGGAUUUCCACUAGAGACAACCAUUGCAGUUACCAGGUUGAUCCUUUCCGGCACGUUCAAAGAGGUACCCGAGCUUCAACUCAUUGUCAGCCACGCCUGUGGUACGCUGCCGUUCUUGGCAGGGAGGAUUGAUAACGCCAUAGAUCAUGACCGCCUCUGGAUCUCGCGAGGGAAAUCGUCACCGGCCCGGGAGUCGGUCUGGGAUAUUCUACGAAAGAAUGUAUUCAUGGAUGGCAUCGUGUACGAUCAGAUUCCUUUGAAGAUGGCCAUCGAGGCAGGAGGUGCAGAUAGAGUCAUGUUCGGCACGGACCACCCCUUCUUUCCCCCGCCUACGGGGCCCUCAGGAGGUGACGAGAUGUGGCCUUCGAUGUGGAGUAACGAGAAGGCCGUUCAUGAGGGAUUCGGGAAGGAUAGUGAUGUAUACAGGAAAGUAAUGGGUAAAAAUGCAACACGGGUGUUAAAUGUGGGUAAGAGCUACUUGGGCGGGCAUUGCAGCUGCUAG